AUGUUGAGAGAAGUUGUGAAAAAAUUGAGAAUGAAUGGAAGGGAGGGAGGAGAAAAAGAAAGAAAGGAGAGAGAAGAAAGGGGAGGGGGAAGGAGGGGAAAGGAGGGAGCAGGAAGAGAAGGCAGAGGAGGAGAAAGAAGGGAGGAAAGGAGAGGAGAGGGAGAGGGAAAGAAGAAAAAAGAAGGGGAAGGAAGAGGGAGGGAGAAGGAGGAAAAGGAGAAGGGAAAGAGGGAGGGAGAGGUGAGAGGGGAGAGAGGGAGGAAAGGAGGGGAAAGGAGGGAAAGGGGAGAGAAAGGGAAGAAGAGAGAGGGGGGAGAAGAGAAGGGAAGGAAAAAUGAGAGGGGAGAGAAAAGAGAAGGAAGGGAAAAAAGAGGAAGGAGGGAAAAAAAGGGGAGGGAGAAGAGGGAGAGGAGAGGGAGGGAGGAAAAAGGGGGAAAGGGGGGAAAGGGGGAGAGAGAGAGGAGGGAAGGAGAAAGAGAGGGGAAAGGCAAGGGGAGAGGAAAAGAAAAAAAAAGGGAAAGAAAAGAGAAGAGAGAAAAGGAAAUAGAAAAGGAAGAGGGGGGGAAAAAAGAGGGAAGGGGAAGGAGAAAAAAGGGAGAAGGAAAAAAAAAAGGAGAAAGAAAAAGAGAAGAGAAAGAAAAGGGGGGAAGGAAAGAAGGGGAAGAGAUUAGAAAGAGAAGAAAGAGAAAAAAAGGGGGCGGGGGAAGAGGGGGGAAAGGGGGAAGGAGGGGAAGGAGAGAGAAAGAGGAGAGGAGGGGAAGGGAAAGAGGGGGAGGGGAAAGAGAGGAAAGAGAGAAGGGGAGGGGAAAGAGAAGAAAAGGGAGGGGGAAGAGGAAAGAGGAGGGAGGGGGAGAAGGAAAAGAAGAGGGAGAGGGGAAAAGGAAAAGCAGGGGGAAGGGGAGAAGAAGAGGAGAGAGAAGAGGAAAAGAAAGGAGAAGGGAAAGGAAAAGAAAAGAGGAGGGGAAAAAGAGAAGAGGGAAAGGGGAAAAGGAAGGGAAGAGGAAGGGGAAGGGAAAAGAAAAGGGAAGGGGGAGAAGGAAAGAGGAAGGAGGGGGGAAAAGGAAAGAAGAGGGAAAAGGGAAAGGGAAAAAAAGGGAAAGGGAAAAAAAAGGGAAAGGGAAAAAAGGGAAAGGGAAAAGAAGGGAAAGGGGAAAAAAGGGAAAGGGGAAAAAAGGGAAAGGGGAGAAAAGGGAAGGGAAAAGAGGGAGGGGGAGGGAAAGGAGAGAAGAGGGAAGGGGGAAAAGGGAGGGGGAGGGAAAGGAAGGAAGAGGGAAGGGGGAAAAGGGAAGGAGAGGAAAGAAAAGAGAAGGGAAGGGAGAAAAGAAAAGGAAAGGGGAAGAGGAGAGAAAAGGGAAGAAAGGGAAAGGGGAGAGGGAAAGGAGGGGAAAGAAAAGGAGAGGGAGGAAGGAAAAAAGGAAGGAAGGGAAGGGGAGAAGGGAGGGAAAGGAAGGGGGAGGAGAGAGGAAGGAAAGAAAAAGGGAAGGGAAAAAAAGGGAAGGAAAAGGGAGGAGGGAAAAAGGGAAGAAAGAAGAGGAGGAAAAAGGGGAGGAAAAAAGGGGAGAAAAAAAGGGGAGAAAAAAGGGGAGAAAAAAAGGGAGGAGAAAAGGAGAAAAAAAGGGGGAAAAAAAAGGGGAGAAAAAAGGGGGGGAAAAAAGGGGAAAAAAAAGGGGAGGAAAAAACAGGGGAGAAAAAAAAAAAAAAAAGAGAAGAAAAGGGGGAAACAGAGGGGGGAGGGAGGAGGGGAGAGGGGAGGGAAAGGGGGAGAGGAAGGGAGAGGGAGGAGGAGGGGGAGGAAAAAGAAGAGAAGACAGGAAGAGAGAAAAUUACGGGUCUCAGAGGCGAAAAACGGUCAGCCUUAGGGUUGGGGUUUGCCAUGGGGUCAAGGGUAUGCCAUAG